AUGACUAAAGGAAAGAAAGAGUCAAAGCUAGCAACCCAAAUCAACGAGGAUAAAAAUAAUAAAACAUUAAAAAACAAUAGUUUGAAUACUGAGAAGAAAAAAGAUAAUUUAUCAAAGUAUUGUAAAAAGAUGAAUGUGAAACAGAAAAUAAAACAAAAAGAUGUAAAGAAGUGUGAAAAGGUUACUAAAAAGUUAAGCGUCAUAGACAUGCUUUUAAAAUAUAAUGAAGAAAAAUAUAAAUAUCAGAUUCAACAAUUGAAUGUAUUAUUUGGGCAAUCUGUAAAGUAUCCAACACUUACGAAGGAUGAAUUAUGUAUGUUAUUUGCAAAAUAUAGGUCAGAUGGACAUUAUAAAACUAAUAAGAACUUACCACCAUUUACAAGUCUUCUUGUCAAUACACACAAUAUGUUUAAUGAAAAAAUUCAUGUUUAUGAUCAGUUUUCUGAUCUACAAAAGAUGAAAUUUAAAAAUACUGAAGACACAGUUGCAAAUUUAAAUUGUAAUACUCUUAAUGAAAAUCAACACAUAGAAGAAAAUCCAAAAGUACAUGAAAUUCUGCAAACAAAUGUAAAACAAGAUUUAUUAAGAUGUAGACAAAUUUCUCAAGUAAACGGCAUGAAUAACAAAGUACAGAAUAAAUAUCUUUAUAAUGAUCAAUCUAUCCCAACCAUCAAUGAAAAUAACAAUCAUAUGUUUAUGAACUAUAAUAUCAAAUCACAUAAUAACUUCAAUAUGUUUAAUGAUGCACAAAAUCUUAUUCAAUUAAAAUCAGAUUCAAACUCAAAUGCUAAGAAGAUUUCUGAUGGAGAAGAGAAAUAUUUUUUAUAUAAAUCAAUAAAUACACAAAAUGUUAUUUCUGAAGAACAGCAAAGCUACAGAUACGUAAAUAAAAAUUUAUUGUACAAUGUAUCUGAUCCAAAUACUCAAUAUGAAAAUGUAACUAACAAUAGUGAAAUAUCACAAAUAAAUGAUAUAAAUUGUUCAGUUAAGUAUGAUAAUUUCUCACUGAAUUCAAACUUUUACAGUGAUUUAUAUUUGAAUAAAUGCAAUAACAUGACCUCUAUUAAUAAUAACAACAAUUAUCAAUCUAUGACAAGUGCACAAUCAAUUUAUAUUCCUCCUAACUUGGAAUCAUGCUCUAAUGUGAAAAAUUCUGUUCCUUCUUAUCAAUUAUCUUUGAUAAAAAAUUGUUCAGAACAAGAUAAUUUAAACUUAUCCAUUGAUACAGAUAUGUAUUCUGUAAUGAAUAAUAAAAAUUUGACACACAUUUCUAAUGACAAUGGUAACAAUACUCAAGCAAACCUCGAUGCUUACAAUGCAAACUCAACUAUGAUACCAGGUGAUAUUUUUUCAGAAAUGGAUACAUUUAUCCCAUCUUGUCCUGGUAUAAUUGAUCAGCACAACUAA